AUGGAUUAUUAUGCUCCUGGCUUCUGUUCUUCAUAUACCAAACAUGUUGAUAGAAAGUUCUUCUAUCUGCAAGAAGUAGCAACAAAAAAAAACGAUCAUGUCCUCGAGAGAAGAAUGGAACCGCCUCACGAUCCAACGAAUCAAGCACCGCAACAAUUUCAGCAAGAAGAUCCAUCAGCCUGUCAACAGCUCAAUUUAAACGGUACCUAUCGUAACAGCAACCCUCUACAGCAACCCACAACAUAUCCUCUUCAUCAUCAACCAAUUUUAAAUAAUCAUGGAUUCUAUCAUCCUUUGAAUCCGAGCCUUCAGCAAGGCUUUCCUUUGAAUAACUUUAAUCCCUCCUAUCAUCAACAAUCAUUGAUGUAUCCAUUCAAUCCUGCCAAUUACCCAUCAUCAUCGGGUUUUGUGGGUUCUCAUCAACAACAAGUCUUUUUCCAACCAAAUCCUUUCAACCAACAACAAAUUCUCCAAAAUGUACAUCCACAGCCAUACCUGCAGCAACAACCUCUGUCAAAACAACUUCCUUCCAACACACUUGAAGAACAACAUACUGGUUAUUUAGUGGACGCAUUGUCAUCAUCAUCACAGAAGGCUCUUCUUUCAGCCUCGGAACAACUCAUGGUGGAAUCCAUAAAAUUAUAUCAACUUCAAAACCAACUCUAUUUGAAUCAAGUAGCACAUUUGAAAGACUAUGAAUAUCAUCUCUUGAAAGUAUCCAAUGAUUUGGAGAGUAUUAAAUCACUUCAUGACGAGGUCAAGGAACUGAAAGAAGAAAUCUCCAAAUUUGCACGAAAGAAAAACAAACUUUUAAAAAAGGCCAAUACAGCACAUAUUGAAACCAAUGCCACGAAAAUUGAUGAAGAUAUUGAUGAGGAGGAAAAUAUUGAAGAAGAUUCUCAAUUGGAGGAUACAGUAAUGAAGUUGUUAAACGGAAACCACAAAAAGAUAAGCCAAGCUAUGAUGAACACAAAUCGACAUUAUGGAAUAACGGAUAUUCAAAAUUCUUCGUUUUUAUUGAACUCGAUUCAAAACAGCAAAACCAAUGCCAUGCGAGCCGAAAAUACUAUUGAGCGUGGAUCCAAUGUUCCAACGAUUACGAUCAAUCAUCAGCAUGGGACUGGUAGUAAUUUAAAUGGCCACAUCACUGAAGGCACCAACACGAUUACUGACACAGACAGGUCAGCAAUUACUCAUCCUGCUGCUGCAGCUGCUACUGUAUCCAUGACCUCAUUACGAAUUGACCCACCCCCUCAAACCUCAAUGACAACCACUUCCAACAUUGCAAGCAGUGCAUCUAAAAUGAUUUCCACAACCUCCAAUCCUAGAAAUGAUGAAACAUUAAGAAAAGUAGAUACACACCAUGAUGCAUCAUUACCAGCAAUAAGUAUUGCGAAUUCGAGUUUACGUUUCACAAGUAGCACUCAUGAUGAUGUUGUGGAAUCAACUACUAAUCGCAUAACAUCCUUAACAACACAUUCUGUAUUAGAAAAGAGAUCUAGGAUUAGUGAGGCAUCAGCGUCUUCUUCAAAGAAAAAGAAGAUUAUUGAAGAAAUUGUUGAUGUCGAAGAUCAAAGCGAUUCUUAUGAAACAAAAUUUCCUCUAUUUGCAAAACAUGGCCCUAAGAAACUUAAAGCAUUUAAAAGUCCUUCUAAGAAGAUUCAAAUACCUAUAUUAUUACAAUCUCAAUAUAAUGGCAAUGAUACUUCUUCUAAUCAUGACGUGCAACAAGAUACGAGCACAACCUCAAAGAAACAACAUACCUCAACAUCCAUCGCUACAAACACAACCAAAUUGGAUGCAAUUCAAAUGAAAAAGAAGGAAGAAAUUGAAAAACAAAAAAAACUACACAUGAAGAAUCGGUACAAGGAUGAAGAGUAUUUAGUGUUGCCAAUGCCCACACAACCACCAGAAGAACAGCAUGAAAUCAAAGAAGAAGAAGUCAUUAUUGAAAAAUCGCCCACCUUACAUCGACAAGUGGUCGUAGAUUUAGAGAGAGAGGAUCAAGAUUCAUCAUCUCUUGGUGAUGACAUUUUGUACUUGUCCCUAGGAAUUGGAAGUGGUUCCCAUAAGAAAGUGAAACAAGAAGAACCAUCUCCUUUGUCAAGUAGAAGUCACACUCAUGCCACGAAUCCUAUAUCAACCAUUGGAUCAAAUUUCUCCAACACUUGUUCACCACCAAAUUACACUAAUUUAACCACCACAAGAGUCCAACCCAACAAGCCAGCAGAAGCAAUGAAUACCAUCAGAGAAAAGAAUAAUAAUUGUUUAACACCAAAGCAACAAACAUCUUCUCCACCACCAUCACCUUCGCCGCUCAUCACAUCAUCCUCACACCUUAAUAGUGAAGAUGAAGAAGAAUAUUCAAAAUAUUUCAAAUCUCCAAAACACAAAAAGAGACAUGCAACGCCAGGACAUGACUGUGAAGAGUGUAGAGCAUUCUAUGAUGCUGCUUUCCCAAAUGAUGAAAAGCGAAAAAACAGAAUCAUUAGAGAAUGUGCCAGACAUAAGAAUACUUCAGCGGUUGGACAUCACCACCAUCAUCAUUAUUCACACAAACCAUCCCCAUCCCUCCAUGCAACAACACUCACCACGACAGAUUUAAGUUCUACCUCUUCUUCAAAAACUCUUUCCAAGCAACCACCACAACAACAAGCAUCAUUCACAUCCAAUACAUCCCCUCCCUUACUACUUUCUGCUCCACCCACACCACCUCAUUAUUGGGAUUUAAAUAGUAUUGAGGAAACACAAGAAAGUCAUCAUAACACAAAAGAGAACACUCAAAAUGAGCCAGUAACAACAACAACCACACUCUCAUCUACGAGAACGAAUCAACAAGAUGCAAAUCAUCGCACAGAAGAAGAAGUGUUCUCAAAAAGUUACUAA